UCGCAGCAUGACGCAAGCGAAAAGGCUCUCCACAGAACCCCGGUAGUCGAAGAACGCGCCAAUCCUGUCCCGACUGUGCCGCAGCAUACUUGUUCACCGAGCCACCGGUCUGGCGAAUUGCAAGUGCAGUGAGGGCCGAUCCGCUGAGUGGCCUCUUCAUCGGAGCUAUGCAAAACGGCGCCGUGCCAUUCUGCUUUUCAGCGUGGGCGCGGAACAGGAGCCAUGUUCCUCCUCUUGUCUGUCUAAUCGCUUCUCACACCCCGCCCCAAUCACCGGCUCAAGUUGGUCGCACUUGCAAGGCUGGCAGCCGUCAGCGUAUCAGAAACAGCAACACUUGGUAUUAAGAUAAGGGGUCGUCCAGCGAGCCCUCCAAGCUCUUUUAUCUUGCCUGUGCCUCGUGGAGAAUCAAGACCGCCCUCCUAUGGCGAACGACUCGGUCACCACGGUCCUUUCGAUUGUAGCCUGGGGCACCAGAUUGACGUUCGGCCUGUACGACUUCUCGGCCGCGCAAUCAGCUGCGCCCGCGAGCGAGGAUGUCAAUCGACUGGCCAAGGAAGUCAACCUGCUGUCCCAGGUUCUUAGACAGAUCGGUUCUCGCCUGAAAGAAGACGGAUCUUUACCCUCUCAAGAGGCCUUCAACACUGUCAGACAGACUUUGGAUCAGUGCCAGGAUGUUUUCAGAGAGGUAGAGUCUCUGGUGCCGCUGAAUCCGUCGCGGCAGAAUAGUCAAGAUGGGUCGGCGCUGUCCAGUACCACGGGCUCGAUGUCUCCGUGGCGUGAGGACGUUGAAUGGAACGUUCUAUCUCAAGCAAGAGCCAAGUACUUACUGGCGCAUCUCGAAGCGCUGAGGUUCACAAUGUCGGUUAUGCUACAGACACUUUACACGGCCAAGUCCAUCAUCUGGUCCAACUAUGAAAGAAAUCAGACUGCAAGCGAUGCUGUUGUCGUCGAAAAGUCACAGAUGGAGAUUUUGGUCGUCGAGCAACAGCUUGCUCUGCUCAGAGCCUACCGAACGUACGAAUCAUUCAAGCGGCACAUCGCCAACGCUCCUUUACUUUGUCAGAGCCCAAAGUCACAGGCACUCAUCAGACGAGACGAGCAUGGCCCUAACCCAAGAGCACUUGUUCUCUACCAAGAGCCGACUCUAGCACAGACUCCACUGUCCGCCAACGAAGCAGACGAUCUUCCGAAGGUUCGAAUGGUCUCGUCGCCUUACGUGGAUCUUUUGCUUUCACGAUGGACGAGGAUAAACACGGUCGAAGAGCGUCUGCGCCUCAACGAGAGACCACGCGAGGAACCUAGACGUGAGAAGUUCGAGCGUCGUAAUUGGCAGGCCCCAGCGGUAGAGUCGGACUGGGAAACUGAGGCUUACGACAGGAGGGGCCCGCCACCAACGCUUCGUUUGACGACCGACGACCCCGUACUGAUGCAUAUCGACGAAGAACGUACAAUGCCUUCUCCUAUUCCUGCCGGUCCACGGCCCUCUUCUUUGCAGCCACAUGGCCCACCAUUCUCGCCUCAGUCCUCAAAGUCAUGGGGUCCAACCUCGGGCGGCUACUUUCCCCAACAUGUCGCCAAUGGCUCCCGACGGCAUAUGUCUCCGGGACCCUCACCGCUCUCCUCACCACGUGCCAGUUUCUCCGACGGCCUCAGCGCAGCACCUCGCUCUCAAAGUGGCGCCAAAGGAACAGGCUCAGACCCACGACCGCAAUCUCCGAAGCAAGCUUCCAAGCUCGCCCCUAUCCCUUACCGCUUGCGAAUAAACCAAUGGUACUGGGACUACGAAGACGCUGAUCUCAUCGGCUCUAACUCGAAGAUGUCUCCGCACACGGCUAUUAAGACGGUUUCCAAGGACACGAUGCCAAUCACGGAGAUCUUCCAGGAGUACGUCAGUCGCGAGGCCAUCCGGCAGCGCGGCUAUGAAUACACUCGCGUCAUGCGCGAGCGCGUAGUGAACGGUCGCAAGCAGGAGGAUCAAUGCUACUGCAUCGAGGGGGCCCUGCGUCCAGACCAGGUCCAACGCCUGGUGGAGUUGACGGAGCGCAUCCGCAAUCCGAGAGCGUCGACACGAUCGCCGAGGUCGUCGCGCGGCGGGCCCGCCUCCUCCGCGCCAGCGCCGCCGCCGCUGGAUCGUUCGCACACGGCGCCCGUGUACGGAAACAAGUUCCGCGAGACGCACUCCGGCGCGCGGGACUACGAGUCCCCGUCUUCGGCGCGCGGAAAGACAAGCAGCGGCAGCAGCACUUCGGACGACGACACGAGCAGCAGCUACGUCGGCUCGUCUUCUCGCUCCAAGAGCCGGAGCAGAAGGGACAGCGGGCGCGAGUACGACGAGCGGGGGACCAGUUGGCGCAAGAGCUCUCGUGACAGGGACAAGAGAAGCGGUGGAGGAGGCAAGGCCCAGACGUUGACCAAGAUUGCCGCGGGCGCCGGCCUGGCGACGCUCUUGGACGGCCUGCCGGAGAUGCUCUCUUACCUCUAGCGAAGAUGUCUUGACCACAUUCCACGACAUCCUAUUUUUUUUAAAAAAUAAAUUUUGUUGACCGUGUAUUAAAAAGGAGACGAAAGAAUGUCUUUUUCUUUUAUUUUUAUUUAUUUUUUCCAUUUCUUUUUAUUUUUGGAACAUGCGAGGCUGGAAGGGGAAAAAGGACCUUGUCCAUGUGGCGAUGGCACAUUUUCACUGAUUGUAUGGCUGUUUAAGAAGAACGAAUCACGCCCGCUGAUAUAUGCCAGCCAACCUGUCAACGCUGUACUUCUGUACUGCUUGUUUUCUUUUUGUCGUCACUGUGGAGAUGGGAUAUAUACAAGCAAUGUUCACCGUCACUACCAAAGUGUAUGAUAUCAAAAUCUAGCUG